CGGUAGGCGGUGGCCGACGAGCGUGGAGCGCGCGCUCGGGACCCCGUCGUGUCUCCCGGGAGAUGCUGUGACGGAAGCGCGCUGUAGCAGCCCGCGCUCACCACCACCACCCUCGGCGGCCGCGGCGGCUGGGCCCCGCGGGCUCAGUGGAAGUAUGCGAGACUUAACAGCUCAAGUGACUAGUGAUUUCCUGCAGUUCCCAGAAGUGACUAUUGAAGCUCUUGGAGAAGAUGAAAUAACAUUAGAAUCUGUUCUUCGUGGAAAGUUUGCUGCAGGCAAAAAUGGACUAGCUUGCUUGGCUUGUGGUCCACAACUUGAAGUCAUAAACUCUGUAACUGGAGAGCGGUUGUCUGCAUAUAGAUUCAAUGGAGUAACCGAGCAGCCUCCUGUAGUCCUUGCAGUAAAAGAAUUCUCGUGGCAUAAGCGAACUGGAUUGUUAAUAGGAUUGGAAGAAGCAGAAGGGAGUGUUCUGUGUCUUUACGACCUUGGUGUAUCAAGAGUGGUUAAAGCUGUUGUUCUUCCCGGAAGGGUGACAGCUAUUGAGCCUAUAAUUAAUCAUGGAGGAGCCAGUGCAAGCACCCAGCAUUUACACCCAAGUCUGCGAUGGCUGUUUGGUGUGGCAGCUGUGGUAACGGAUGUUGGACAGAUCCUUCUUAUUGACCUAUGUUUGGAUGACUUGUCAUGUAGUCAAAAUGAAAUAGAAGCAUCAGACCUGGAGGUUAUAACUGGUAUCCCCCUCGAAGUACCGCACAUCAGAGAGAGUGUGAUGAGAGAAGGGCGCCACCUGUGUUUCCAGCUAGUCAGCCCCUCGGGAACAGCCGUUUCUACUCUUACUUACAUUCCCAGGACAAACCAGCUUGCUGUAGGGUUCUCUGAUGGAUAUCUCGCCCUCUGGAAUAUGAAGAGCAUGAAAAGAGAGUAUUAUACACAACUGGAAGGUGGAAGAGUUCCUGUAUAUGCUGUUGUUUUUCAAGAACCUGAGAAUGAUCCUCGCAAUUGUUGUUACUUGUGGGCUGUUCAGUCCACACAAGAUAGUGAAGGAGAUGUCCUGAGUUUGCAUCUACUUCAGCUGGCCUUCGGUGAUAGAAAAUGUUUGGCAUCAGGACAGAUCUUAUAUGAGGGAUUAGAAUACUGUGAAGAAAGGUAUACUCUGGACCUGGCAGGUGGCAUAUUUCCUUUAAGGGGACAGGCUAGUAACACCAAAUUGUUGGGAUGCCAGAGUAUAGAGAAAUUUCGAUCUCAUGGUGACAGAGAAGAAGGCAUGAAUGAAGCUAUAUCUCCUGACACUAGUGUGUCUGUUUUUACCUGGCAAGUGAACAUAUAUGGACAGGGAAAACCUUCUAUAUACCUGGGACUUUUUGACAUAAAUCGUUGGUAUCAUGCACAAAUGCCAGAUUCAUUAAGACCCGGAGAAUAUCUACAUAAGUGCUCUUACUUUGCACUCUGGUCGUUGGAUUGUGUUGUCAGCCGGACGUCGCCACAUCACAUCCUGGACGUACUGGUGCACGAGAGAAGUCUGAGUCGGGGUGUUCCUCCAUCAUUUCCACCUCCAGAGCAGUUUUUUAACCCGAGUACUUUUAAUUUUGAUGCAACUUGUUUGUUAAACUCAGGAGUUGUCCACAUAACUUGUACUGGCUUUCAAAAGGAGACUUUGACCUUUUUAAAGAAAUCAGGACCAUCUCUCAGUGAAGUCAUUCCUGAUGGUUAUAAUCGAUGUCUUGUAGCUGGUCUCCUGUCACCAAGACUUAUUGAUAUUCAGCCUUCCAGUUUAAGUCAAGAAGAACAGUUAGAAGCCAUAUUGUCAGCAGCAGUUCAAACAAGUUCCUUGGGACUUCUGACUGGUUGUAUCCGAACAUGGAUUAUAGAAGAACAACCAAAUUCUGCUGCUAAUUUGCGAUUUGUUCUUGAAUGGACAUGGAACAAAGUAGUUCUCACAAAGGAAGACUUUGACCGACUAUGUGCACCAUUAUUUGAUGGAUCAUGUCGUUUUAUUGAUCCUCAAACCAUACAGUCUCUUCAGCAGUGCCAUUUACUUCUUAGUAACCUUAAUACAGUGUUAAGCUGUUUUGCAACAGAGGCCCAAGGCAUCACCGAGAGAGGACUGGUGGACUUACAUAAUAAGCAUAUGGUUACCCAGCUCAUCUGUCAGUAUGCACAAAUGGUUCUUUGGUUCUCUCAUUCUGGACUUCUACCAGAAGGCGCAGAUGACGCUGUGCAGCUCUCCAGACUGCGCUACAACUACCCUGUGAUUCAGAACUACUACACCAGUCACCGGCAGAAGUGUGAGCGUUUACCCAGAGGGAAGUGGAACCGUGAUUCUUUGAUGAUCGAUGGAUUGGUUUCUCAGUUAGGAGAUCAAGUUGAAAAGUUGUGGAAACGUGAUGAAGGAGGCACAGGAAAAUACCCUCCGGCUUCUCUACACGCACUACUUGACAUAUAUUUAUUAGACAACAUUACUGAAACAAGCAAGCAUUCUGUUACCAUCUAUUUGUUACUUGAUAUUAUGUAUUCCUUUCCAAACAAAACGGAUACUCCCAUUGAGUCUUUUCCAACUGCCUUUGCCAUUUCCUGGGGCCAAGUUAAGCUUAUUCAAGGAUUUUGGCUGGUAGACCAUAAUGACUAUGAGAAUGGCUUAGACCUUCUGUUUCACCCAGUUACUGCAAAGCCUUCACCGUGGCAGCAUUCAAGGAUCAUCCAAGCCUUCAUGAGUCAGGGGGAGCCCAGACAGGCCCUGCGGUAUAUUCAGACCAUGAAGCCAACAAUGUCCAGCAGCAGUGAUGUUAUCCUUCACCUCACUGUUCUGCUUUUAAAUAGGUGUAUGGUUGAGGCCUGGAAUUUACUGCGGCAAAAUUCUAAUAGAGUGAAUAUAGAGGAAUUACUAAAGCACACUUACGAAGUCUGUCAGGAAAUGGGCUUAAUGGAGGAUUUACUGAAGCUGCCAUUUACAGACACUGAGCAGGAAUGUUUAGUGAAAUUUUUGCAGUCCAGUUCCAGUGUUCAGAAUCAUGAAUUCCUCCUGGUCCAUCAUCUGCAGCGUGCCAAUUAUGUUCCUGCCUUGAAGCUGAACCAGACUCUGAAGAUUAAUUUUACGAAUGAUCGUGAUCCUUGUUUGCGGGAGAGAUCAGUGGCUCGGAAUUCUAUACUAGACCAGUAUGGGAAAAUCCUUCCUAGAGUUCAGCGAAAAUUAGCCAUUGAGCGAGCUAAGCCUUAUCAUCUGUCAACAUCAGUUUUUCGAGAAGUAACUAGACCCAAACCAUUAUCAGCAUUUCCAAAGAAAGCAGUCACCGGGACAGUGUUAACGCGAUCCACUUUCAUCAAUAACGUAUUGUCGAAAAUUGGAGAGGUGUGGGCAAGCAAUGAACCUAGAAAUAGCAUCUCACUUUACAAUAGUCCUAAAAUACAACCAUCUCCUGUAGCAUGUUCUUUCCCACCUCCAGAACUGCCCGAGGCAUUUGUUGGAACACCAAUCUCAAAAUCAUCACAGAAAAUUUCUAGAUUGCUGGAUUUGGCUGUUCAUCCUGUCCCCCAGCCUUCUCAGUAUUUGGAGUUUAUUUCUCAGAGCCCUACAAAAUCUCCUUUGUAUAUGCUACCCAGCUCAUUGCCACAAAAUUCACAAUUUAAAAGGCCACUUCAUAAUAUCUCCAAGCCUUCAGAAUUACUUUUACUUGAAACGCCUCUUAUAGUUAAGAAAGCUAAAGCCUUGGCUAUGUCCGUUGCCUCUUCUGGGUUCGCCGAGUUCACUCCUCCAUCCAUCCUGAGGUCUGGUCUUCGAACUUCUCUAGCGUCCCCCUCUCUGUCACCAGGGAGGUCUCUCACUCCCCCUUUACGACUUAAAGAAACGAAAAUUUCCUUCAUGGAAGAAGGUGUGAGCACAAACUGGACUGCUGGGGCUAUUGAUGUUAGUACACCUUUCCAUAAGUGUGGGCUUCCAACAGAGGGUGGAUGGCUGAAGAGCAAUGAUAGAAGCCCAUCUCCUCCCUUGGAUGGCUCUGAAAAUGACCAUCAAGAAGCGGAUACUCGGUCAUUAGAUAAACCCUCACAGAGUCGAGAGAAACUGGAUGUGAGCAAAGACAGCAAUGUUUCUACCCGAUCAGACCAGACUACCUUAGAGUAUCAUGACGCACCGUCACCAGAAGACUUUGAAGAUGGUGUUUUUAUGCCCUCCAAGCCCUCAAACACGUCCUCAGAACUAAUUACUAACUUAGCUGAACAAACUGAGAAGAGGGGUGAUGGCAAGGAGUUUCAGUCCGAAGACUCUCCUCCAGACGUGGGGAAACAAAUAGGCACUAUAGAAGUUGCAGGGGCAGCACAUUCAGAAUUUAAUCAUGUGAGUCUCAUUCAAGGACUUGAAGCUCCUCUUUGUAUGUCAUCAGUCCAGGAAGGGAAAACCCUCACCUCGGAGCCCGCGGCACCGGUUUUGGAUGAAGGAUCAGUAUCUGCUGAAACCUCUCCCUCUACAGUAGGAACAGACAACAGUGAACUCGUGGCCAACAUCAUUGGUGGUAGUGAAAGCUCUGGACUCAUCACCUCUGAACACGGGCUGGACCAGGAAGGAGCUUUGAAAUUCAAAGAGGAUCAUGAAAUUGUUGACAUCCUAGAAGGAAAUGUUGAUUUACCAGAAGAAAAACCUCAAAUCUCUGACAGUCCUCCUGAUUAUCAAGAAAUUCAUGUGAUUGGACAUGACAAGCUUGAAGUUGAAAAUUCUGAAGAGGCUAGGAACCUUUCCUUUCAGGAGUUCUAUCCUUCAGGAUCACUGAAACUUCAGGACAAUUUUGAUGCCAUUGAGCAGCAGUUUCGGGACUCGCCUGAUGAUAAAGACUCUGCUGAAUGUGACGGUGCUGAGGUAGAUGGGGAGCUGUCUGUGGCCCAGAGCCACUUCACCUUGAUCCUGGAGGGGGAGGAAGAAGUCGAGGCGGGUGACUCUGCAGCACUCAGCGUGUUACCUAAAGCAGCUGGCGUCCCAGCCAGGGACAAACCUGUGGAAUGUGCGCAACGUGACAAUAACGAACACGUUGCAAACUCGCCAUCUGUCACAGCUGGUGACCAAGAAUCCCACAAGGUAGAGACUUUGCCAUAUGUGCCUGAACCCAUUAAAGUGGUAUUUGCAGAAAAUUUAUUGGAUGUAAUUAAAGACACAAGAAGUAAAGAAUCUACUUCUGAUGUGAUGGAAAAGACGCUUCACGAAAACACACCUGUAAUAAGCCAAAAAGUAAUGUGUCCUGCCAAGCCAUUCAAACCCACACUUAAGUCUGCUCAGGAAACAAGUGCGGUGGCUCUAAACCUCAGCCGGGGUGAUGACAUGGUUUCCAGUAGAACUCGAGCGAGGACGCAGCAUUGCCAGCAGCUGGCUCUAACGUCCGAGCAGCAGUCCUCGGCAGAUGCUGCUACUCCCAAGAUGCCGCAGGUGUCAGCUACAAAGAGAACUAGAAAAGUAAAAGAAACUCCCAAGUCUUCUGAAAGUGCCUCUUCGGAUGGAAAAGGAGUAUCUCAGAACCAGCACACACCUCAAAACUUUAUUCCUGCUAGGAGAGGAAGGAAGAAAAAUACUGACCAAGACACAUUAGAAAGCGUUGGUGGUAUAAACCAGGAGUUACAGGUUACUCCAGGUCGGGAACCAAGAAGAGUAAAAUCUCAGCUGUUAGAACUAGCCACUGAAGAGACAUCUUUUAGAAAAGAGGUUACAAAAGGAACUCCUAACAGAAUUAAAAAAUCUGUAGAAAAUCAGCAAAGUACUGAAAUUAUAAAUGAUUUAAAAGUUAUUAAAGUGGCAAGUCCUAGCAGGUCCAUCAAAAAGUUGAGAAAUACUAAUGUCGAAGUUUCUCAAGAGAUGGACUAUAAACAAUAUAUGAAACCUGGUGACCAGCACCUGCCUCUAAAACAUACAAAGGUCAAAGGAACAGAAGUUAGCAUAUCAGAUAGGACAGAAGACCCUAAACUUGAUUCAUCCCAGUUGGCUCUUCAAGCAGAAUUUGAUGUGCCUGUCACACCUAGGAAACGUGGUAGACCAAGGAAAGUAAGUCCAUUGGAAGAUGUUGAAUCCAAGGCUGUUACGGAGCAGACAAGCACCAAGAAAAAUGUUCUCGGUGUCCGAAGAUCAACACGGAAUACCCCGGCUAGAAAUGAACAUCUAGAAAAUUCCAUUUUAGUGCCAAACGAGGAACUUUCUAUGGUGAGGAGCUCUAGGAGAAAGCUUACAAAGUCGGAAGAUCAAAGCCAAAACGGUGCAUUGGGCUCAGUAUCCGAAAACCGCACAGAGGACCUGACCCCCCAAAAGCCAGGUGACCCAAAAGGAAGAUUGCUUAGCACUUCAGCGUUUACCCAAUCCUCCCGUAGCACAAGGACUAGAUCUAGCAAGGCCAUGUUGUUGCCGGACUUCUCUGAAUCCAAAAAUGAACCUCUGUUUUCUCCUCCUGUACUAAGGGUUCCAAGGAAAGCAAAAGCUGAAAAAAUGGAGACACCUGCCCAGCUGAAAGACUUAGUGUCAGAUUUGUCAUCUCAGUUUGUCUUCUCACCUCCUGCUUUGAGGACCAGACAAAAAAGAACAUCCACGCUUCUCGAACUGGAAGAUAACACUAAGUCACUAGAAAUGGUGGAAGAGCGAAAAGUGAAAAGAGCCAGGACUGCAAAGACAAAGCAAGCUAACAAAAACACAAGAAAAGAAAGUUCUUGGUCACCUCCUCCAGUAGAAAUUAAGCUGAUUUCUCCCUUGGCGAGCCCAGCUGCUGGCGUGAGGAGCAGCAGAGCGAGGAGGACGGGAGAAGCGGCAGGAGCGGCUCUUGGACGGGGCAGAAAGAAGCCGUCUUCUUUCCCAAAGCAAAUUUUACGCAGGAAAAUGCUGUAAUCUCCCUCCCCCCAAGAUUUUAAUGUGCACCUGUUUGUAAAGUCAUUGUAUUUGUGUGGAUUAUUAAAAAUUGCCCAAUUUGGAAGGAAGUAAUUUAUAUAAAUUGUAAAAUUUUGUAAACAGAAGGAAGUAUAUAAGUAAAAUAACUCCAUAUGGAGUAUGAUUCUUCUAAUCCAGGCAUCUUUUCUAUUUUAUAUUAAGACUUCAUACAUUUAUAUAAUAUGUAAAUAUGGCUUAUAAAUUGUUAAUAAACUACUGUAAAGUAUA